UUCGUCUACAGAAACUCGCUAACACGGCCUGCUGCUGAAAAGUCGAGGAUCUCCGAGCGUUAUAAACUCCUCUCCCCAUACAGGCGCUGUACCAGGACUAGUAGUGUUCGUUAUAGAAGCAGUCAUGGAUUUAUUUCAUUCUGAACACCGAUUUGACCCGGACAGACUGCCUCUCCAGCCGUCCCUGGAACAUGGGUAAAAGGAAGAAAGCGCUGACCGAGGUGGCGAUGUGAAAGUGACACACGUUUGCAACUGACCAAUCAUUUCUUGAAUUCUUCGGAUGAUAUAUAUAUAUAACAUUGUUACGUGAAAUAUAAGUGAAAUAAUUUUUGUUCUUACAAAACCAUGACAACGAUAGACGAUAAUCGGGUCAUUCUUAAUGUUGGCGGCAUCCGCCAUGAGACUUAUAAAGCCACCCUAAAGAAGAUUCCAGCCACGCGUCUCUCCCGACUGACCGAGGCGCUGGCCAACUAUGACCCCAUACUUAACGAGUACUUCUUCGACCGCCACCCUGGGGUGUUCGCGCAGAUCCUCAACUACUACCGCACAGGGAAGCUCCACUACCCCACCGAUGUCUGUGGCCCGCUGUUUGAGGAAGAACUCGAGUUCUGGGGGUUGGAUUCGAACCAAGUGGAGCCGUGCUGCUGGAUGACCUACACCCAACACAGGGAUACUCAGGACGUGCUGGCCAUCUUGGAUCGGCUGGACCUGGACACAGACAAACCGACGGAGGAGGACAUCAUGAAGAAGUUUGGAUGGGAGGAGGAAUACAGGGCGGGGGAGCUGAACUGCUGGCAGAGGAUCCAGCCCAAGAUAUGGGCCCUCUUUGACGAGCCCUACUCCUCCAAUGCUGCCAAGGUAAGACGGGUCAUCGCCGUUGUAUCAGUAUUUUUCAUCGUGGUUUCUAUUUUAUCCUUCUGUUUGAAAACACAUCCCGAGAUGCGAGUUCCAGUGCUCAAGAAUACCACUUCGAACACCUCCGACGGCGGACUCUCAUGGCGGCUAGAGAAGAAGAAGACAGAGCCCCAUCAGGCGUUCUUUUAUAUUGAAUGUGCAAGCAAUGCUUGGUUUACAUUUGAAAUAAUAAUUCGAUUGAUAGUUGCACCAAAUAAGUUAGAUUUUCUGAAAGCACCGGUGAACAUAAUAGAUAUUAUAGCUACUCUUUCAUUCUAUUUGGAUUUUAUGUUGACGAAGCUGAAACAAGAAAAUGAUAUUCUGGAGUUCUUUAGCAUCAUCCGUAUCAUGCGACUUUGUAAGCUUACACGGCAUUCCGCCGGACUCAAGAUCCUAAUUCAUACUUUCAAGGCGAGUGCCAAGGAACUCGUGCUGCUAGUGUUUUUCCUUGUGUUGGGCAUUGUGAUUUUUGCCGCUCUGAUAUUUUAUGCGGAACGAAUUCAAUAUAAUCCGGAUAACGAUUUCACGUCCAUUCCGGUUGGACUGUGGUGGGCUAUCGUUACUAUGACAACCGUGGGGUACGGAGACAUGGCGCCAAAGACGUACGUGGGUAUGUUUGUGGGGGCGCUGUGUGCUCUGCUGGGGGUACUGACUAUUGCGCUCCCAGUCCCCGUCAUAGUCAGCAACUUCGCCCUGUUCUAUUCUCAUACGCAGGCGCGAUCCAAACUACCGAAGAAGAGGAGGCGGGUCCUUCCGGUUGAACUGCCUCGACCGAAGGGCCCCAAGGGCAUGGGGCCCGGGGGAGGUCCCCCUCCCAUCAACAGGCACAGGAACGCCAUCAAGCACCCCCCUGUGGGUCAGCCGGACCAUAAGAUCAACAGAAUGGAUCAAGGUUGUACAAUACAGCAAUUGAUGCCCUUUCGUACAUAUCCGUACGGGUAUUUCUUAGGCCGGGCUGGAGAGGAAUCGAUCCCGAUGUUGAUGAUAAAUCACACUGAUAAAGAGGACAGUACGGUACCUCGAUCCCGACCCCAAUCCAAUGUGGUAGACAAGAGCCCACCCCGCCUUGUGGAAAUAAGUUCAAACCCCGGAACCCCUCUUAAAGUUACCGAAAUUAAGCCAUCGGAUGCCGCUGGGAUCACCAGUCUUAUCAUGGCACCUAACGCCAACCUAAACAGUACCCCCGUGGGGAGCAGUAACUCUGUGACAGCCACCACCGCCAGCCUGGGGGUCACCACCAACUCUGUCACCAGUAAUGUCACCACAUCCACCUCGAUAAACCAGGACAAGAAGGACCUGGUAAACAACUCUCAUGUAGCGGACGGGGCGACAACAGACUCCACCAAACUCUCGAAUUCCUCCGCGGUGAACAACUCGGCGGAAGCGCGUCACUACUCCCCCUCCACCUCACCCCCCAAGUCUAACAAUCUGGUGGCGGUGAAUACGUAACCCAGGCCACGUGUCGCUAUGUCGUACCGCUCAGUGACUUCCAGCCGCGCAAGACAUAUCGGUAACUCAGCUUGUGAUAUCUACGUCACGCCUGCUCCUUCGAACCGGAAGUAGGACUGUAUUUCAAGGGUGGUAGUUAGAAUGUCCUAGUGUCCUGCUUCAGAUGACAAAGCGACACCUGGUGUAGGUUAGGAACAAUCUUAGAGAAAUGUGAUGAUUUUUUUUAUUCAGUCGGCAUUUCUUAUGAGAACAUUUGAAUUAAUUCACUUCCUGUAUCCGUGCUGUGAAUUCCUCACCUUGUGUGUUGUCCAUAUAGCUGAAACUUAGGAAAUUACUAAAACAAUGAUUGUCAAUCACCAAGGUUAAUGUAUUCGUUUCCCCAAAACAAGAUAACUAGGAAAAUUAUAUACCUUGUUUCUAAUUUUGAAGAAAUCUAAGCGUGUACUGGUUACAAAACCGUUUGCAACGAACUUCCCAACUCUAUCAGCUGUUGAUAGUAGCUUGUUUUGUUUUUUGAUUCUACGUACAACGCAACCAAACGAUAUUAUUCUCUUACAGUAUUCUCAGAGGACGUGAUCAACAGAACGGUAGAAUCCAGUCGAUAUUUUAAUGUGUCUCUGGAAUCUGAUUGAAGUGAUACAAAUUAAAGGUCCCGGAUGUUUUGACUAUCCACAGGAAGUCUCGACUAUCUCCGUACUCCUUACUUCUAAACUGAACUCACCCAAUUCCAAAACAGCCAUACCGUAUUUUUUAUCGUGACUAAAACUAAAUAUAGCAUAUUUAUUAGAGAUUUCUUAAAUUGCACAAGAUAUAUAUCUUUAUAUAACACGUCAACUUGAUUUUUAUGUAUUGCCUGCACAGAAAUGGUUUCCAGCGCACCGAGUAGUCCGCAAUAGAGUCGCUACAAGUCCCAGUGUAUCAAUACCGAAUUAUUCCGGCAAGGAUUUUAUUGUGUAAAAUUGACGCAGUUCCCGUUUUCAAUCCUAGAGAUUUUGCUGCAAUACGCUGAUAUUUAACUAUGCUGUUGACAUUCUUGUGAAAUUUAUUUUUCUUCUCCCCUAGUGUUUAGUGUUCUGUGUUAAAAGUUCGCGGAGCACAAGCAGGGAGUUGUGUUUGUGAAGCAGACCUAUAUCAACCGUGUGUGCGUGUGUUUCUUGUAUAUAUCUGUUUAUUACUAUAUUAUAUAUAUACACAGCGAAAUGUUAUUUUUCAUUGUUCUCCUUCAAAAUAUAUAAUCUCAUUCAGACACUAUAGUUUCAUUUCAUACAAGCAAACAAGAGACUCGUGGCCAUAUGCCGCACAAAGACCACAUUAAAUAGAAUGUGUUCCAUCUAAAUACAAAUUGCUGCUCUUUUUAUUUGAUCCAUCGAUUUCAAAUAACCAAUAAAACAGCCAGUCUCAAAAUACGUGUAGGUCACAGAGGCGAAAUGGCGGUGUAGACCAGACUCUGUUCACGGGUGUUUGUCGAGGUUUGGAAACUGAACAAGACCUUUGUUCAUAAUUUGCACUUGUUUGCCCAGUGAAAAAUACCGAAAAUUAUAUAUAGAACUAUAAAUGUGAAUUGUUUAAUAGUAUUGAAUAGAGGGGUUGGGAGGCGAACUGUUUAUUUAAUAGUCUUAUAGUCUUAAUAGUCAUAGCAAAAAUACAAAACCCCAAAACCAAACCAAAAGGACAAACACUAUCAUUACACAUGAAACUUCAUCAAAUGACGAUUAUCUAGACAUUCUGGGGACCCAUCGUAUCCAUGGUUACGGGAUACACAGCGGUCCCUGUAAACUAUUUGGGCUCCCCCGCCAGUUUUUAUACUACAGUAAAUUCCUUCUUGACCGCCCAAUCUUUUGCCUGUCUAUUUCGGACAAGCACGUCUUAUCGUUAUCUUCUGCAGAUUGACAAUAAAGCAUCGUACAUAUUA